UAAGUAUACAAUUUUCUAGGAACUGUAUACCAAAUGACUAAUGUCUCAAAGUUCUUAUUGCGUGUUAAAAAAUAAAUAGUUCUUUUUUCAUUUUAGAUUACUCCUAUUUAUAGAAUAUUAUGGAGGAAAGAAAUGUAAGUCUACAAUUGAAACUUACGUUGUGGAAAUGUUGGAAAAGUAGAUGGCACAAUUAUGUGUACACUUUAUUAACAAUAUGUCUUCCAAUAUUGUUGUAUUCUUUUGUUGCCUGGUAUUACACAAAAGGUGGAGUAAUUUAUGUCAGACAAGAAAAUCCUACAUAUGGUAUACAAGUAUCAGAAGAACAAAUUGAAGAUAGUUUGUAUGGUUACAAGUAUUCCUAUGCCCCAUCAAAUGAAUACACAAAUAAAAUCAUCCGGAUGCUCCAGUUGGAGUAUCAAUAUCCAAAUAAUGUUAUUAAUAAUUUUGAAACGGAAGAAGAAAUGAUAACAUUUCAUAAACAGCAUACGGAUGUUGAUAAUAUUUUAAUCUACUUUCAAAACACAACAAAUUCUGUUCCCAAAACAAUGAAAUACAAAAUAAGGCAAGAAACAAUUUCAAAGUCCUUGCAGAAUUUGUAUUAUGAUUUGCCAGGACCUGGAGCAAGUAUGGAAGUUUAUAGAAGUUUUGUUACACUUCAAAUGCAUCUAAAUAAAUAUUAUCUGGAACUACUAAAUAUAUCUGAUAAUAAUAUUGAGUUUACAAUGGAAGAAUUUCCAUUUCCACCUUAUGUCGAUGAUAAAUCUAACAAUUUAAUAUUUACAUUGCUGUUUCCAAUGUUGACAUGCUUAACUUUUUCAUUUGUUGGUCCAUAUAUUGUUAUACAAAUGAUAGAUGAAAGACAAAGUGGCAUUAAGGAAUAUAUGAAGAUGAUGGGAUUAUCUCCAAUAGUAAUGUGGAUCUCUUGGUUUUUGGAUAAUAUCUUAAUUAUUAUGAUACCAAUAAUAUCUAUAGUCUGUAUUCUAACAAUUCCAAACAAUUCAAUAUUGUCAUCUUGUAAUCCUAUCAUUUACUUCUUGUUUCUGAUAUUGUAUAAUUCAUCAAACAUAUCUGUUUGCUAUAUAAUUGCAGCAUUGUGUAAAAAUGGAUCAUUGGCUUUAAUUUUACAAAUAUUAUUCAAUGUAUUUACAUUAAUUCUGUGUUUAUUUUGCUAUAUGAAUGUAUUUAUGAGCAACUUCACAAGAUAUCUAAUUUGCUUUAUACCAAAUGGUUCAUUGAUCUUUGGAUAUUAUACAAUUAAAGAUCACUUAGUAAUGGAUAAUGAAGUGACAUUUUCUAACUUAUUUUCAACUUACAAUGGCCACACCGAAAGUCUGGGGGGAAUCAUGUUAAUACUUUUGUUUACAACAAUAUUGUUAAUAUCAUUAGCGUGUUACAUUGAUGCUAUAAGUCCCGGUAAAUACGGGAUUCCUAAACGCUGGUAUUAUCCGUUUUAUUCAUCAGUCAAUGCACUACGUCGAUAUAUACUGAACGGUAAUGAAGUAGGUAUCAAAACGUACAAUAUUCAGGAGGAGAGUGGUCUUUGCUCAGAUAUGUGUACGGUAAAAAUGACAGAACUAACAGAAAAGUGUAAUUUGAAAAUUUGCAUUGAGAUAAAAGAUCUCACAAAAACGUAUGGAAACAGAAAAGCCGUAGACUCACUUAAUAUGAACAUAUAUAAGGGUGAAAUUAUGGCUUUGCUUGGACCGAACGGUGCCGGAAAAACAACAACUAUGUCAAUUAUAACCGGAUUGAUAAAUCAAACUAGAGGAUCAGUAACUAUAGAAGGACUCGAUUUACAUAGGGACUUGGACAAAAUCCGUACAUUACUUGGUAUUUGUCCACAGGAUGAUCUAUUCUUUCGGUCACUCACCGUGCGAGAACAUUUAUUGUUUAUAGCGAAAAUGAAUCAACUGAAAAAUGCUGAUGCGAAAGUUGAUGAAAUGUUGGAGAAGUUGUCGCUGAUGAAACACUCCAAUCAUUUCCCAAAUAAUAUCUCCGGUGGUAUGAAGAGAAGGUUGUGCUUUGGCAUGGCGCUGGUAGCUGAUCCAAAGAUUGUAAUUUUGGACGAACCCACCUCUGGUUUGGACCCCAUAUCGCGAAGAAAUAUGUGGAAUGUUUUAAGUGAAUGGCGUAGAUCACAUUCUGAGCCCAGAACCGUUCUUCUGAGCACACAUCAGAUAGAGGAGGCUGAAGAACUUGCUAAUCGUAUUACCAUAUUGAACCAAGGUACACUGGCCGUUCAGGGGACCAUGAAUUACCUUAGGCAUACUCACUUAUCUGGAUGUCAUUUAGAUAUUGUGUAUAAAGAGAAUGAUGAUGAGCUUACCAAGAACAAAGUGAAUGAAAUAAUCGCUAAUAGUGAUCCCAGGAUCGAUAAGAAUAAAUUAAAUGGAGAACAUUUUGAACUAACUCUAACAGAUAAACCAGAAAUAUUGGAAUUGCUGAAGCAAUUAGAGAAAUUGGAUGGAAUCAAGGAUAUCACUGUAAAUAAUAAAAGUUUGGAAGAAUUAUUUUUCAACUUAAUACAAAAUACGGAAGAAACGACUACGAAAUUAGAAUUUCCACCAGUAAACGAUAACAAUGAUAUCGAGGAACCGUUAAGAAAAUAUACUGGUUGUAAAUUGUACCAGUGGAAAUCCAUAUUUAAACUGCGACUUGUCACAUUAAGAAACACCAUCCAAAGCUACAUUAUAUUUGCUUUACCGGCAAUCACCUUAUUAAUUAUUGGCUUAUUGCUGGGCAGACCUUCGAUUCUUAAAUACGCAUCUAAGCACCAAUUCAUUGAAAUGAGUUUAGAAGAGUACGGACCGACAACAGUAUUUUUUAGCGGUCAAAGGAAUAACUCAAUAGUAAAUAGAAUUAUGAAUGAAUACAAGCAUCUUGUUGCAGAACAAAAGUCGAUAGCUAUAGAGGUUCCAUCAGCAAAAGAUGCGUUACUGGAAUUUGGGACGCGUAACUUUAUGGAAUAUUCAAAAAAAGCCAUCGCGGCUGCAGAUUUUAUUACAGACAGCGAAGGUCGGAUUAAAGUAAAUGUACUUUACUCAGAAUUGGCAGUCCAUGCACCACCGAUUGCAUUAAAUUUAGCCUGGAAUUCUGUUUUGAAAGCGUAUACGAAUAAUAACUAUAGCAUCGAUGUUACAUCGCAACCAAUGCGCCUAUCAUAUUUUGAAACUAAUAUUGUGAUGUCGUAUAUUGUCGUUACAUCCUUGUUCUUAGGAUUUUCAAUUUUCAUAACGUAUUUCGUUGGAUUUCCUUUGGUGGAUAGAGAAAGUGGAAUUAAGCAUUUAGAACUGAUGACCGGCGUUCAUAUAUAUUUUUAUUGGAUUAUUAACUACGUAUUUGAUUUUAUUUUAUACCUAUUAACAUUAUUUAUAUUCGCUGUAGUUUAUAUAUUAUGCUACAAUCCGGUAUACACGUUCCACGAACUGGGUGGAUUUGCUUACUAUAGCAUUAUAUUUGGCAUUGUUGGUAUUAUGUUUUCGUAUCUCCUCAGCAAUAUUUCCUCUAAAUCUAUAGCGUAUAGCGUAUCCAUUAGCAACAACAUUAUCAUAGCAAUGUUAUGCAUUGUUUUUGUUUAUGUUUUGAAAUUCUUUUAUCCAUCGUUGGGACAGACUCUGGACAUAGCAUCAUUAGCAAUACCUAUGUAUUGGUACAUAAACAAGGUGUGGAAUUAUACAAACAAGGUGGUAUGGAAUUGGGAAUGGAACAAUAUGUCUGAUGUAUCCAAAAUCAAAUAUUGCAGAGUGCAGACAAAUCCAUGUUGCUUGUCUAGCGUAGCGGCUCAUGAUUUAAGUGAGGAAUGCCAGAAUUUCAUGAAUAUAAUUAUUAUAAACAGUAUCGACUUCGUUUAUAUCGUUGCCACCAUCUUAAUCUACUUAGGUUUAAUUGCAUUUUUCGAUAAAAGCUACAUAAAACGAAUAAAAAAGGAAACUCUCAAUGAAUCUACAGGUAAUUUAGCGUCUGCAAUAAAAUGCAGAAAUAUUAACAAGAGUUAUGGAAAAUCAACGGUUUUGAAUAAUCUGCAAUUUACACUUCCAAAUAAUACGUAUUGCGGUUUAUUGGCUCCCAAUGGGUCUGGAAAAACCACCACGUUUGAAAUGCUUGCCAGAAAGCAGAUAGAUAUGAACAACGGUAGCAUUUCCAUCAAUGGCAUUGAAUAUCAAGACAUUUACAAUUACAUGAAAAACAUUGGGUAUUGUCCGCAGUAUAAUGCACUGAACUUGGAUUUAACUGCUAAACAAAUGUUGGAUAUUUUUGCCGAAUUGCGUGAAUGCAAGGAUCGCGAAAAGGUAGUGGAUAAUUGCAUCAAGCUUGUAGAUUUAUCCGAAUUCAAAAGUAUCAAAUGCGGAGAGUACAGUGGAGGGAACAAGAGGAAGUUGUGCAUAGCUUUAGCUAUCAUCGGUUCCCCAAGCCUUAUGCUAUUAGAUGAACCGACGACUGGCAUAGAUCCCGUUUCAAGAAGAACAAUUUGGAAUGCUCUUAAGGAAAAAAAAUAUAAUUCACAUAGUUCUAUGCUUCUAAGCAGUCAUAGUAUGGCAGAAUGUGAAUUUCUUUGUGACAGUCUGGCGUUCAUGAAAGAUGGGAGCAUACAAAAACCAGAGAAAAUAGCAUCGCUGAUAUCAAAAUACGGAGCCGAUUACGUCGUUAAUAUGAAGUUAAAUGAUAAUUGCAACGAUGUCGAUGAGGUGGAUGGUAAUUCCUCUAGCAGAAACUACAGUAAAAUUGAUGUUAUAGAACGAUUCAAAGAAUUAUUCAAAGAUUCCAUUCGCAAAUUGAAAGAUGAUAGCGCCUCGAACCUAUCGUAUUAUAUCAUAAAAGAUAAAAUAAAACUGACCAAGGUUUUCGAACAUAUGGAGAAGAUGAAGGCCUAUAUAUCGAAUUACGAAAUAAGAACGGCAAAUCUCGAGGAAUCGUUUGUAAUGUUUUCUAAUGAUAGUAAUGAUAAGACAAACUAACCAAAGUAUUAAUGUGAAGGCUUAAUAUUUUCUCGCAGGUGGAGAUGGUCAUAUACCAGGUUUAUAUCUGGUCAAAGAUCUUGAAAUAUGUAAGACAAAACAAAUGAGAAUAGUACGCUUUAUGCUUACAAAAUU